GCAAGUUCCAUACUCCAAUAACUGGCAAAUAUGAUACCUUAUACGCUAGUAAUAUUAGCCUGGCUUGUUUCUAUGGCAGUGGGUGCUGUCACAGGACUCACUGGCGAAGAAAAGCAGUUGAUUUUCCAGUUUAGGCAGAAUGAUAAACCCCACUACAGCACUUUUGAAGAGCAUCCAAUAAACUUGCAACAGUACUCCUCCGAUAAGGUUAUAAGGGUGAACUACGGAGAGGAUGAAGACUUGCUUAAAGCGUUGGUUGGCGGAGAUCCAGAAGUUGAAUUUAAGAAAUGGUCGAAAAACUCGGCAGGGAGAUCGAUCGAUAUUCAAAUAAACUCUGAUAAUUUGGAAAAAUUGAAGGGGAAAUUCACCAAUUUGACCUAUAAAGUUGUCAUUGAAGAUCUUGCUCAGUCCAUUUUCGAAACCUACCCAUACUCUGCUCAAACGAUGAACUUUGAAGGUGAUUUCCAUGCCACUUCUGACCUUUUUUUCAAAGAGUACCGUCCUUUAGAGCUCAUAAAUUCAUGGCUAGAAUUACUCACUGAUACUUAUCCAGACGUGAUAACAUUAGAAACAAUCGGUAAGACUUAUGAAGGCAGACCUUUGAACGUGGUCCAUCUUUCGAUACCAGAUGACGACAUCGAGCAUCAUGAUCGUAAAACAAUUGUUCUUACUACAGGAACCCAUGCCAGGGAGUGGAUUUCGGUUUCGACCCUGUUAUACACGAUCUACAAAAUGCUUGAAUAUUAUGAAAAUAAUCCCGAUAAUCGUAGGAUCUUAUCCAAACUCGACUUUUUAUUCAUUCCUGUCAUGAAUCCUGAUGGAUACGUUUAUACUUGGGAGCAUGAUCGAUUAUGGCGUAAGAACCGUCAAGCUGUUUCAGAGGAUCCUAAUCCUAAAAAUUGUCUUGGUAUUGACAUUGAUCACUCUUAUAACUUCCACUGGACCCAUUCAAGCGAUGACGCUUGUGGUGAAGAAUACAGUGGAGAAUACGCAUUUGAAGCUUAUGAGUCAAAGAUUUGGGAUGACUAUCUUAAUGCUACCAACAAAGAUCAUAAGAUCUGGGGCUACUUGGAUUUGCAUUCAUAUUCCGAAGAAAUAUUAAUGCCUUAUGCAUACUCAUGUGAACAAAACCCAAGAGAUGAAGAAAAUUUGAUUGAAUUGGCCUAUGGGAUUUCCAAGGCCAUUCGUACCAACUCUGGUAAAUAUUAUAGUGUUUUGCCGGCGUGUUUAGAUCGUGAUAGUGACUUGUUACCUGAUUUGGGUUCCGGUACUGCUCUUGAUUACAUGUAUCAUAAUAAAGCUUACUGGGCUUAUCAAUUAAAACUACGUGAUAGUGGGAACCAUGGGUUCUUAUUACCACAUAAGUAUAUCGAACCCGUUGGUGAAGAAACAUUUGCUGGUAUUCAAUAUUUCUGCAAGUUUAUUCUUAACGAUGAUUAGUCUUUCAAUUCUAUAAUACAUUGUUUAACCGU